AUGGCCGCCGCUCAACAGCAGGUCCCUACCUUCAAGCUCGUGCUUGUCGGUGAUGGUGGUACUGGCAAGACCACCUUCGUCAAGCGCCACUUGACUGGUGAGUUCGAGAAGAAGUACAUGGCUACUCUCGGUGUCGAGGUCCACCCUCUUGGCUUCACCACGAACUUCGGCCAGAUCCAAUUCGAUGUGUGGGACACUGCUGGUCAGGAAAAGUUCGGUGGUCUGCGUGAUGGCUACUACAUCAACGGCCAGUGUGGUAUCAUCAUGUUUGACGUAACCUCCCGAAUUACCUACAAGAAUGUUCCCAACUGGCACCGUGAUCUCGUCCGCGUCUGCGAAAACAUCCCCAUCGUUCUCUGCGGUAACAAGGUUGAUGUCAAGGAGCGCAAGGUCAAGGCCAAGACCAUCACCUUCCACCGCAAGAAGAAUCUCCAGUACUACGAUAUCUCCGCCAAGUCCAACUACAACUUCGAGAAGCCUUUCCUCUGGCUCGCUCGCAAGCUUGUCGGCAACCCCGCCCUGGAGUUCGUCGCUGCCCCGGCUCUUGCCCCGCCCACCGCCGUUGUCGAUGAGGCUCUCCUCGAGCAGUACCGGAAGGAGAUGGACGAGGCUGCUGCCAUGCCUCUGCCUGGUGAGGAGGAUGAUGAUGACCUGUAA